AUUAACGUUUGCUGUUGUUAUAUUUUUAAAUAAUUAAUUUAGGGAAAUUUACUGGUAAAUUAUAGUUAUCAAUAGCCAUUUAUGAUUUAAUAACUAUUAUGUGUUUGUGUUAGUUUUUUAAAUUUAAAAUUGUGUUUAUUCUAAAGUUAAAUAAGUAUAACUGUUGAUCUCAUCCAAUUGUAUCAUAUUUUGGUGCUAUAUAAUACAAAUAUUAUUAUGUCUGUUAAAAAUACUCUUGGUAACCUAGUGGAUGAUUUGGAGUCAACAUCAGCGUUACGUAUAGCAUUACAAACACUAGCUGAACGUUGUGAAAAACUUCAAACCCGGUUAGAUGUUGUUGAAAAGGAAAAUGUAGCAAUCAGAAGCCGUUGUAAUUGUCAAGCAACUGGUAGUCAGUUAAAAAAAUCGGAUAUUGAAGAGUUAUCUUGUAAGAAAGAGCAGUUGGUUGAGUAUUUGCGAAUAGUAACUGCUGAAAAUCGUAAAUUAUGGUCGAAAUUGUCAUCUAUAGAAAACCACACAAAGCAUUCAAAUGAUCUGAUCAAACCUAAAAAUUCUUUAGCUUUGAUUGAUAACUACUUGAAAUAUAAUGAUGACAACAUUAAAAUGGAUCCUAAAUGCAUUGUGGACGCAGAGGGAGAUUUUUUAAGUACACAAUAUAGUUCAGAUGACGAGACAUGGCCAAUGUUGUUAUCAGAAUUAAACGCAUUCAAGGAAAAAUUAACUUUGGCUAAACAUCUUAUUGCCGACCAAAAUAACUCGAUAAUAAAUAUAACAUCAAAAUACAAUCUACUCGUUGAAGAAGUAAAAGUGAUUAAACCAACUGCAGAGUAUCGAGAUGCAGAAACGUUAACAACAUCUACAUUAGAUCUCUGUCCACCAUGUGUUUGUGGAAUCCAUUCUAAACCACAAAACCAAUGCAUAUGCCCUCUUUGUAAACUUUAUAUCGUAGGAGCAGAAGGUGAUAAAAUAUUCGAUAAACUAGUAGAACACGUGAGCAGUCAUUUCCCUGAAGAAGAAACUGAAACCAUUAUUGAUAGUCUAUCAGGACAUUAUUAAAAAAACAUAUUAUUAAACAGUAAAAUUAUGUAAAUACCUAUUUAUAUUUUUUAUAUAUAUAUUUCUAUACAAAGUUUCAUCACAAAUAAAGAAAAAAAUGUACUAUAAAACUAAAUUGUUAAUUUGAUUUCAACAAACUAAGCUAAUUCCGAAGGUUUAACAUCAGUAGAAUCUGAAUUUCCAAUCGUAGUUCUUUGUAAUAAAUUCUUACUGAACCAAGACGGUUUCUCUCUUUUUAGCUCAAUAAUUCUUUUACCCUAAGCAAAUUAAAAAAAAAAAUAUUGAAUUACUCGAGAUCAAUCAUAUAGUUAUUUUUUUAUAUCUUACCUUCCAAAAUUCUUCAGCUUGUUUUGUUCUCUCUCCUUUAUAUAAGACAAUAACCUCUUGUUGAACUGGUUCCAAUCCUAAUUCUUUUUCAAUAGCUUCUUGCAUAUGAGUUGUUUCAUC